GUUCCACUGCCUAUUGUCCAUCCUCCGACGUCACCAUGGCUCCGUACAAUAUCCGGUGGGGUAUUAUGGGUAUGUUUUCCAUCUUGUACACGCCCCAGAGGCAUUCUAAGCUGACAAGACCUCAAAUGAAAAAUAGCCACCGGCUGGAUUGCAGAUAGUAGGUCUCCACGGUUUCCCUCAGAACAAGCCUCAAAUUGAUGGAUAAUCAAUCGAGAGUAACAUAACAGCUAAUGCAAUUACUUGACGCUUAGUCUUUGUAAGAGAUCUUCUGCGCGACCCCAACCUCCGAGACGCAUCUGACGUCUCUCACACCGUCGUUGCCGUUGCCUCCUCUUCAGCCAAGGACCGGGCGGAGAAGUUCAUUGCUGAUACGGGCAUCCCGGCGCCGUGUGCCGCGUACGGCUCAUACGAAGAGCUCGUGGCCGAUGCUAACGUGGACGUGGUGUACGUCGCGACGCCGCACUCGCACCAUUUCCAGAAUGUGAUGCUUGCGCUGGAAGCAGGCAAGAAUGUUCUCUGUGAGAAGGCUUUCACCGUCAAUGCGGCACAGGCGAAGAUCCUGUGCGAGACGGCCAAGAAGAAGAAUCUUUUCCUGAUGGAGGCCGUGUGGACCCGGUACUUCCCUCUCAGUGUGCAGGUCCGGGACCUCAUCAAGCACGGAGCAAUUGGCGAAGUUCUCCGGGUGGUUGCCGACAACAGCUUCGGGGAUAACGUCGAGGAGCGAUGGGGCACUCAGCAUCGGAUGGUGAAUAAGGAUCUCGCUGGUGGCUGCUUGCUGGAUCUGGGCAUCUACUCCUUGACCUGGGUCUUCCAGACCAUGUACCACACUCUUCCCCGGGAGCAGCGCAAAGCUCCUUCGGCCAUCUCCGCGCACAUGUCUCUCUACCACCUGACUGGCGCCGACGAGGCCACCACAAUCCUUCUCACGUUCCCGACGACCACCCCAAGUAACAAUGCCCAGCCCGGUCAAUCGCAGGCAGUCGCCAUGACCCAUCUGCGGAUCGCGACCGAUCCCGAUGAGAAGGGCGCCGCUGGUCCCUCGAUCCGCAUCCAAGGGACCAAGGGCGAGAUUCAGGUCUUUGGCCCCGCCUUCCGGCCCGAGCGGUACCGUCUAAUUCCCAAGAAGGGACUUGGCGAGAUCAAGGAGGUGCAGUGCCCGUUCCCGGCGGAUGGGAAGGGCAUGUACUGGGAGGCCGACGAGGUGGCGCGGUGCUUGCGCGAUGGAAAGCUCGAGAGCGAUGGGCUGCCUUGGGAAGAGAGCAUUGUCAUCAUGGAGGUCAUGGACGAGAUUAGACACCAGGGUGGGUUGACCUAUCCGGAGAAGAUCGAGUCCACUGUUUACCCUACCCAGCUGUAAGGGUUGCGGAAAUCUAUAUAUACUUGGCUCUGCGGCCGUAGAUCGAGUUAUUUUACAUUUUACAUGGCUGGCUUCCUACGGGGUUAUCCGGCUGAAC